GGCAGAGCGAGCCAUCGUGGAGCGACCCUCGCUUGUUUCUCGUGUCAUCGUGUGCGCCCGCAGUGCGCAGCGCUGCUCCCCACCACCACCACUUCCGCGGCGACCGCUUCAACUCGCGCAUCUCGAGGAGGAGGAGGAGGAGGAGGAGGCGCCUCACUCUCGCUCUCACCCAGUGUGGUGGUUGUGGUAGGCAAUGGCGGCGCCGGCGCCGAAGCAGGAGGAGCUGCAGCCGCACGCGGUGAGGGACCAGUUGCCGGCCAUCUCCUACUGCCUCACCAGCCCUCCCCCAUGGCCGGAGGCCAUCCUGCUCGGCUUCCAGCACUACCUCGUCAUGCUCGGCACCACCGUCAUCAUCCCCACCGCGCUCGUCCCUCAGAUGGGCGGCGGCAAUGAGGAGAAGGCGCGGGUGAUCCAGACGCUGCUGUUCGUCGCCGGCAUCAACACGCUUCUCCAGAGCUUCCUCGGCACGCGCCUGCCCGCCGUCAUCGGCGGCUCCUACACCUUCGUCGCGCCCACCAUCUCCAUAAUCCUCGCCGGCCGCUACAACGGCAUUGCCGAUCCCCACGAGAAAUUCGUGCGCAUCAUGCGGGGAACGCAGGGCGCACUCAUAGUGGCCUCCACGCUCCAAAUCAUCAUGGGGUUCAGUGGGCUCUGGCGGAUUGUCGUCAGGCUGCUGAGCCCACUGUCCGCGGCGCCACUGGUCGCGCUUGUUGGAUUUGGGCUCUAUGAGCUUGGAUUCCCAAGUGUUGCCAAAUGUGUAGAGAUUGGUCUUCCGCAAAUCAUACUUCUGGUGGCUCUUUCCCAGUACAUACCUAACCUAGUGCCUUUGUUGGGGACUGCGUUCGAGCGUUUUGCCAUCAUAAUGUCUGUGGCCCUUGUCUGGCUUUACGCCUUCUUCCUGACUGUUGGUGGGGCAUACAAGAAUGCUGCUCCAAAGACACAAUUUCACUGCCGAACUGAUCGAUCUGGGCUUGUAGGAGGUGCUCCAUGGAUAAGUGUACCUUACCCGUUCCAGUGGGGAGCACCAACGUUUGAUGCCGGUGAAGCUUUUGCCAUGAUGGCAGCGUCUUUUGUUGCUCUUGUGGAGUCUACUGGUGCAUUCAUUGCGGUCUCGCGGUAUGCCAGUGCAACACCGUGCCCUCCUUCUGUUAUGAGUCGCGGCAUUGGUUGGCAGGGGGUUGGUAUUUUGCUGGAUGGCUUGUUUGGAACAGCUAAUGGAUCAUCUGUAUCUGUUGAAAAUGCUGGCUUGCUAGGCUUGACGCGUGUUGGCAGCAGACGUGUGGUGCAGAUUUCUGCCGGCUUUAUGAUUUUCUUCUCUAUUCUUGGGAAAUUUGGAGCGGUAUUUGCUUCAAUUCCAGGCCCAAUAGUUGCAGCUAUAUACUGUCUUCUAUUUGCAUAUGUCGGUAUGGCAGGAGUAGGGUUCCUUCAGUUUUGCAACCUGAACAGCUUCCGAACAAAAUUCAUCCUGGGUUUCUCCGUGUUUAUGGGUUUGUCGGUUCCGCAGUAUUUCAAUGAGUACACUUCUGUCGCAGGCUAUGGCCCAGUACACACUCACGCAAGAUGGUUCAAUGAUAUGAUCAACGUGGUAUUCUCGUCGAAAGCAUUUGUCGGAGGCGCUGUAGCAUAUUUGUUGGACAACACCCUCCACAGGCAUGACAGCACUGCCAGGAAGGACCGGGGGCACCAUUUCUGGGACAGAUUCAGGUCAUUCAGGACAGACCCUCGCAGCGAAGAGUUCUACUCCCUGCCUUUCAACCUCAACAAGUUCUUCCCGUCAUUCUAAUUAUGCACUCCAGUAUUUUGUAUCAAAUUGGGAUAACACUGUACGAUUAGUUCUUGGGUAAGUAAUUCUAGCAUCACCAGACUGUUGUUUCUCCUGUGUUUUUUUUGUACUUCUGAGUUCUGAAUCCUGCAGAGCUCAGUGUAAACUAUCUGAGCAAGGAGAAAUGACUUCAGCAUUUUUGUGUGUA